AUACUAUAGUAUUGCCGAAACAUUUAAAAUUUGGUCGGUCGGUACUUGGACCGAAUUACGGGACUUCUUAUUUUACAAGGUGUUUUCCACCUGUGUGGAAACCACUACUAUAGUUUCUAGUAGAGUCAAUUUAGUUUUGGUUUUGGUUCCAGUAGUUAAGUGAGUCUAAGCCAUAUUGCAUGAUAGUUUUAAUGGUGGGCUUACUAUAUAUAUGCUUGUGAAAGUACCAUGAUCUUCAAAAUCAUGGCGGCCAUUAUGGAUGGCUUUGUUUUGGUACCUUUAAGGUUUUUUGGCACCUCUGGUGGCUUUUGUUUGGUGAAUUCCAAUGAACUUGUUAUGUCUUUGGACAUAUUCGCGUUUGAAAUAUCCAAAGGACAAGACAUCUCAUACGUUUUACUCUAUAGAACUGAACGGAAGCAACAGAAAACUGAUCAAGUACAGUAAUAAAGGUUGGAGACACAAAAACUUCUAAACUUUGAGCUCCAAACCGUAAAAAAGAGAUAUUUUCUUAAUUCAGUAUAAAAGAAAUGUAGAGUAUCAGUAUUUGUUGCUGGAUAUAAAAGGAAAGACUACUCAAAAAUUCGAAUUUAAUAUCCUAGAGUAUUAGGUGGUUAAGACCACUUUUAAUCAGGGAGAAUAGAUAUGACCGGCUUUAAUGUUUAGCUAAAAUCAAGGACCAAUUGGUAAGAGCUAGUCAAAAUUACCGGAAAUACUAAAAGCACUGAAUUUGAUGGAUUACAAUGACUAGAAUCAUAGAGUUUUCUAAUUAGAAUCUAAAAUCCAGUAAUCAAGGUCAUAUUUAAAUCUAUUGUAUUCCUUAAGUUUUGAAUAUUCUAACUAUAAAUAAGUCUGGGCGGGAAUCAAGGAUCUGUUAUAGAACUUAAUUAUAAUGAAAGUAAAGUAAAUUGUUCCUUGUUUAGGUAAGGAGGAAUGUCUGAGUAUAAUUGAGUAAUAAUGUAGCAAAUGACAUUGAUUAUACUUACAAUCUUAAAAGCUCCAAUUUUAGCUAAAAGACAUGAAAUGAAAAGCAGAGUUUUCUAUACGCCAUUUAACAAAAAAUAAUAAAUAAAUAUAAAACCUUAUAUGUAACGGGUUCUUUUUGUCUCAUAUAAUAUACUGAAGUUUUUUAGGUCAGAGAGGUUUUAAAAUUAUAAUCACGGAAUAACACAUAUUCUCAAUUAUAAAAAUAAUAAGAUUAAGGUAGAGAUCAGAAAAAGAAAGGCGAUAUUAAAGGAAAUACAAAAUUGUGGUUUUUAAAAUCACCAACUAAUAAGCAUAAUACCAGUCCGUAAGCUGGAUGCCUAUUUUUCAGCAGAAAUCAAUGAAAUACUUUUAGGAAUGUCUGAUUAUAGGCAGAGUGAACUUUUUGAGAAAGUUAAUAACUAAUGAAUAUUCUAUGUACUCAUGACCUGAUCUUAAAGCCGAUAUUUAGGAUUAAUUUCAGGCAUGUAUGAAUAUAAAUAUGUUACUAGCUAAACAUCUAAAUUGCAACCACCUCUUCACAAAAGUACAGGCUUUUCUCAGUAUGGAGAAGGAAACAGUCCCAUUAGCUGAGGGUGAUCUAGGGAAGCUACAACUGAAGUCCAAUGAGUUAGAAGUUAUCACCAAUCCAUCUAAUGUAUUGGAGUUCAGUACUUCGGUUCUCCCCAAAGUCAUCUAUGCAAGACUGUUGUCAGGAAAAACUAUAAACAAAAUUGGAUUGAAGAACUUGUUCGAGUCUAUAUGGCAGGGCAAAGCGGGUGUGAAGGUAGAGGAUUACACUGAUGGCAUUAUUAUUCUUAAUUUUGAUUCGGAAGCGGUAAAGAAUAGAACAAUUAGAGGGCAACCAUGGGCCUUCGGAGGAAGUUAUCUAAUUCUAGUUGAGGUUGAUGCUAUGACUCAAGUAAAUACAGAAUCUUUUCACAAAAUCCCCUUCUGGGUACAAGUACACGGGAUCCCCCCAGGUCUCCUUGUGAAGCCUUAUGGCGAAAGAUUGGGCAAGGAAAUAGCCAACUCAAUGGGCGAUUUCAUGGAGUUUGACCCCACAUGUCAGAGCAGCUUCAUGCGGUUUAGAGUAGGUUUGGACUCCACAAAAGCUCUACUCAGGGGAAAAUUUCUGAAUUUAGACAAGAACAAGGACAACAUAUGGGUCUCAUUCCGAUACGAGAGGUUAUCUAAGUUCUGCUCCUUUUGUGGUCACAUAAAUCAUAUCCAGAAAGACUGUGCAGCGUUGGUCGAAGAGCUGGAGAGGGGACACAAACCAACACUUCAGUAUAAUGUAUCACUAAAAACUACUGGGUUAAACUAUGGCCCAUACCAGAUGGAGAGUCAAGUGCAGGAGCUAGAUCCAAAGCAGAUUUCAGUGAGUGUUGACUCUACUAGAAUGGUUCCAAAUGCAGAAAUAGUGGACUCUAACGCUAAGCGGUUGAAAACUGGAGCUACUGGUUAUGGUGAAAGUGUAGGAGUCGCAGCAAACUUAAAAAAUAAAAAAGCUGUGGAAGAGGCGGGCAAUGGUCGCCAAAGCCUAUCAAAAAGGAUACAAAAGGAAGGACAGGAAGAUAACCCACCCGAAGUAAAGAAGAAAUGAACAGAAUAAGCUCCGUUAAUUGAGGCUAAAGAGGAAUGGGAAUUUUGAUAAGCAGCAAAAGAAAGUGAAACUAAAAUAAAAGGAGCCAAGAAUAGUAGUUGGCUUCCCUAGCAGGUUUAAGUUUUAGUUUGUAAAUAAGGUCGGUAAAGGCCAGAAAAAGCACUUCACAUGUGGAUUUUCGUCUUGUAUUGACAAGGAAAUAAAGUAUGAUUUGGUUUCCAUGAUAUAGAUAAAUUUGAACUGCUAUAUAGAUAUAGAUUGGUAAAAUAAUUUAGAACAUGUUAACACUUAGUACUGGAGUACUGUAGUGCAAAUUUAAUGCUCUAGUAUGACACAUAAUAAAUAAGUGGACAACUGGGUAGUUAGCUAACAUACAGGACCCGGGAAUAAGGGUAAAAGACUGAAGAUUAAAUGAAAUACUGUACUGGAAACAUCAGGAAGGUAACGACGGAUGACUGGGGUUAAAUUAUAUAAGAAUACCUCUGUUUAAAUAGGAGAUAUGAAAAAUACACUUAAGCUACAUAUAAAAUAAAGCAAAACAUUAAACAGACAAAAUCAAGAUUAUGUAAAUUUAAAAAAAUUCAAGAUUAUGUAGAAUUUAUGAAUCCUCACGUCGACGUUAUAAACAACCUACGUUAAUGACAAAAAACAACAGAUGGGGUGUUACACAAAUCAUAAUACUAGAGAGAAUGUUAAAGUUUAAUUAGCAAACAAUUUUUGAUGAUGGGGCUUAAAAGCAUAUCAUAAAAGUGAUUGCUAAAUAUGGUGGUUAAUGUGGGUCUUUGAAGAAGCAAAAUCUGUAGCAGUAACAGAGGAGGAGUGACUAUAGUGAGCUAAGGAUUUUCCAAUAUUCAACAGGAAUUGCGCUCACUGACCCUGGAGUAAUUCUGGCUUAAUGGUUGGAGUAACACAAUAGUAUAGGGACUUAAAACAAUUAGAGGAUCAUGAAAGAUGAAAUAGAUAUGGCAUAAAUCUUGUCUGGGAAGAUUCUAGUAAUGAAAGAGUGGAUCCGAAUUAUUAAAAGGAUCCUUGAUGGAAGCUGAUUUAGUUAAACUGCCUUUUUUAUGAAAAGAAAUUAUAAAGACUAGUAAAUUUUGUAUUAAAACAAUAACAACUAUUCUGAUCACCGACUAAUGUUCUAAUGCUGAUUAAGAAAUGAAACCAAAAUAAAAGAUGAGAGGAGUUAAAAGUUAGGAAGCAGAAUUCAUACAUGAUUCUCUGAAGAGGCAAGGGAGAGUAGAAAGAUAAAGCAGGAAUAUUUUGCUUAUUAUGGCCAUUGCAAGUUGGAACAUACGGGGCCUAAACAAUGAGAUAGCACUAAGACAAGGAAGGCUCUUUACCAAAAACCACAAACCGGACUUCUUGUUUCUAAUGGAAACAAAACUGCCAGAAGGAAAAGUUAAUGAAAUGUGUAAUAAACUCGGAUUCGACAAGGGUUUUGAAGUUCCAAGGAUAGGAAUUGGUGGAGGUUUAAUGGCUCUAUGGAAAGAUGCAGUUGAGGUGAUCCACUUAACAUCAUCACCUAAUCAUUUCAGCUGUUUAUUAAGGUGGGAAAACCAACCACGGUUCUGGCAUUUCUGUGGGUUCUACGGAGAUCCUAAAACGUCCAACAGACAUCAUACCUGGGAAUUAUUACAAAAAUUGAGGAUAAUUUUUGAUGGACCUUGGUUAGUAAUGGGUGAUUUUAAUGAAAUUCUAAGCCAAGCAGAUAAAGAAGGAGGAGGGCUAAGGAAUGAAACCCAGAUUGAAGCAUUUCGUGUUUCCUUGGAAGUAUGUAAAUUAUAUCCUUUGGAUUAUGUAGGAGAACACUUUACAUGGUUCAGAGUUACUACUGAUGGCUACUUAACAGAGAGGCUAGAUUGGGCAAUGGCGAAUGAGGAAUGGCUGGACUAUUACCCGAACAAUUCUCUAAGGCAUCUUGAUUAUUUCCACUCAGACCAUAGAGUUCUCUAUCUCUCUUUUCAAAAACUAGAGUCGACCACAUCCAACAAGAGAAAAAGGUCAAGAUUCAGGUUUGAAAACAUGUGGAUUAGAGAACCAGAAUGUAAAGAAAUUGUUAAAUCAAAUUGGGUGACAACAAAUCAACAAGCCCUUAUGUCGACUAUUAGUAACAUUGAGCAAUGCUCCAAACAACUGACACUCUGGAACCAAGCCAAGUUUGGAUCUCUGGCAAAAGAAAUUAAGGACACACAUCAUCAACUUGCACAACUACAUAAUGAUCGAGAACGAGUAGUCACAACGGGGGAAUUAAGAGCAACGGAGCUGAAGUUAAACGAAUUAUUACUUAAAGAAGAGAUCUUCUGGAAGCAAAGAUCAAGGAUUUUAUGGCUAAGAGAGGGAAACCAGAACACAAAAUUUUUUCAUCAAAGAGCCAAUGCAAGGAACAAAGCUAAGCUCAUAAAAGGUAUGACUAAGGCGGAUAGAAAGUCUCAUUAUUCUCUUUUUAUCUUAUAUUACAUCUCAGGAUAGAAGGAUAAAUAAUAUAGUUGAAUGAGUAUACAGCUUAUCCCUUAUGCCAUGUAGAGGAGUAAAUCUUUAGAGUAAGAUUGGAAAAUAAAAAUCUGAAAAACAAAGCUGACCAAGUGAGUACUAUGAACCCUAUUAGCCAGACUAGAAGCCGUGGUCUUAUGGUUUAGAGAAAGGAUUACAUCACUAAGUUGAAACUUAAUACAUGCUGGUGGUAAAUAUAUUUGAUAUGGGAUUACAAAAUUAGUUUUCUCAAGAGCUCUUAAUUAACUAGAUAUUAGAUAGUAGAAACUGUGUUAAGAACAAACAAUGUGAUAUAUUACAGUAUCAGACUAUAUAGGGGUAUAAUAUAAGUUAGGAAAUAAGUGCCACACAGAUAGACUAUACAGAGAUACAUGAAAAUAAGUGGUCUAAUAGAUAAAUAAGUAGUUUUUUGCAAGCUGUUUAGCAGAAUUUUAGAACAAAAAAACUGAAUGACAAAAUAUAAUCAUAUUGCAGGUUUGUUUAAUGAAGAAAAUGAAUGGUGCUCCGAUGAGAUGGAAUUUAGUGGAAUAAUUCAAAGAUUCUAUGAGAAUCUAUUUACCACGUCUUCACCAUCAGCUGAUAAAAUUGAUGAGUUACUGGCAGCUGUACAACCUUUAGUAACAGAUGAGAUGAAUAGAAUUCUACAAAGAGACUUUACUAUGGGAGAGGUUAAAAGAGCAAUUUUCUCAAUGUCACCUGAUAAAAGCCCCGGACCAGAUGGGAUGAAUGCCAUGUUUUUUCAACAACACUGGGAGAUUGUUGGUCCUGUUGUUUCAAAAGCAAUUCUAGAUUGUCUGAACGAAGAGGCAGGGCUGGAGAUGAUAAAUUCAACUUUGGUUACUUUAAUUCCAAAAGUAAAAGAACCAAAGAAUGUAGGGGACUUCCGACCGAUAAGUCUGUGUAAUGUGAUAUAUAAAGCAAUUGCGAAGGUAUUAAUAAAUCGGCUCAAACCAAUUCUUCCAUUGAUUAUUAAUGGGACACAAAGUGCUUUUGUUCCUGGAAGGCUCAUCACAGACAAUGCGCUGAUAGCGUAUGAGUGUCUACAUCAUUUACGACAUAUGAGAUCAGGAAAAAAAUGUUUUGUAGCCAUGAAGCUAGACAUGAGCAAAGCAUAUGACAGAGUUGAAUGGAUCUUUAUAGAAAAAAUGUUGACAAAACUGGGUUUCUCACAACAAUGGGUAAAGAAGAUAAUGAAAUGUGUCACCUCAGUAAACUACUCUUUCCAGGUUAAUGGACAAAUUUAUGGGAAAGUUUUUCCAUCGAGAGGGUUGCGCCAAGGAGAUCCCCUCUCACCAUAUUUGUUCCUUAUUUGUGCUGAGGGCUUUUCAGCUUUAUUGCGACAAGCAGAAAAUAGAUCUGAUAUUUUGGGACUCAAAAUAGCAAGGAAUGCACCGUCAAUAAGCCACCUAUUUUUUGCAGACGAUAGUCUACUUUUCCUGAAGGCCUCAACAAGAUCUUUAAAUUCGAUCCAAAAUAUCUUUUCUCUUUACUCGGAAUGUUCAGGGCAGAUGAUCAACUUUAAUAAAUCAUUAUUGUUCUUCUCCCCUAACACAACCAAUGACGUUCGCUCGACUUUUAUGGUUUCCCUGAACAUGCAAACAACAGAGGCAAUUGAAACCUAUCUUGGGCUACCAAUGUUAGGGGGCAAGAAUAAGAAAAUAUUGUUCAGAUCAAUAAAGGAAAAAGUGUGGGCAAGAUUACACUCUUGGAGACCAGAUGUCUUUUCACAGGGAGGAAAAGAAAUUCUCUUAAAAGCCGUUAUCCAGGCAAUGCCGACGUAUUUCAUGUCUUGUUUCAAAAUCCCGGAAGGACAGUGUCAAGAAAUUGAAAAAUUGUUAGCUCGUUAUUGGUGGGGAUCUGUCCAUUCAAAACGCAAAAUUCAUUGGAGAGCUUGGACAAAGAUAAGUACACCUAAAAGCGAGGGGGGUCUAGGCUUUAGAACUUUCAUCCACUACAAUCAAGCGCUACUAGCCAAACAAGCAUGGCGAAUUUUGAUUUACCCAACAUCUCUUCUUUCACAGGUUCUACAAGCCAAAUAUUUUGCAAGUUCUAGUUUCUUGGAUUCGAAAGAAGGAAGGUGUCCAUCUCUUACAUGGAGAAGUAUUGUUUGGGGGAAAACGUUACUAAUUGAGGGCCUUAGACGGAGGAUUGGGAAUGGACAAUCUACUAGGGCUUUCAAAGACCCGUGGUUAGCAAGGCCACCAUCCUUCUUGCCAAUAACAAGAGGAAGUGAAGAGGAGGUGAAAGUCGUUGAGUACAUCACUGGAGGAACAUGGAAUAGGGAACUCAUUCGGCAAACCUUUCUUAGUCCAGAUAUCCAACUCAUCCUAGAAAUUCCCCUCAGUCGUUUUGAUCACGCAGACUCUUGGUUCUGGCAUUAUAAUAGCCAAGGGAAUUAUACAGUAAAAAGUGGAUAUAAGUUGGUUACAAAUCUAAAUAAAGAUGUUUCUUCUUCAUCGGAGCAGGUGAUGGGUAAAUGGUGGAAAUAUUUUUGGGCAAAUAAAAUUCCUAGGAAAAUCUUAAUCUUUGCGUGGAGAGGAUAUCAUGAAAUUUUACCAACAACUAAGGGAUUACAUAUAAGGAAAAUAUCCCUCCAUAGCAACUGCCCGUUAUGUGGCUAUGCUGAUGAUUCCAAUGCACAUGCGGUGUUCAGGUGCCCUUUUGCGCAAGAGGUGUGGGAGUUGAUGACAUACCCUUUUCUAGUAGGACGAAAAGAGGAGAUCUCUUUUAAAGAUGUGUUAUUAUAUAUAACUGAACUCUUAGAAAAGGAUGAUGUUGAUAUGAUGCUCUUAACAACGUGGGGGAUUUGGACCGAACGUAACAAAUUAAUCCAUCAACAGAAGCGGAGAACGCCAUCUCAAAUAAAAGUAUGGUUAUCUGCCUAUUAUGAGGAGAUUAAGAAUGCAUAUGUAUCUGAGAAUAGAGCAAUCAGCAGGGGGGAUCCUAUUAAUGCACACCAAGUGGAAGAAGUUUCUUUUGGUUCUACUCUCUUUGUCGAUGCAGCUUUAUCAAAAAACACAGAGAGGAUAGGCUUAGGGGCUGCAAUUAUCGCAUCAAACAAUAAAACUCAAGCGACUCUGUCAAAACCUUUGGAAGGUAUAUUAUCUGUUUUACACGCAGAAGCACUAGCACUUGUUGUAGGACUACAAUGGGCACAGACUACUGGUUAUACACUGAAAAAGGUUUUAACGGAUUCGCAAUCUUUGGUCCAAGCUUUAAAUAGUGAAGCUGAAUACCAUAAUGAAUUGGGUUUACUUAUUGCCGAUGCAAGAGAGCUGAUGCAAUACUUCCCUGGGGUGAAAUCGUCUCAUGUUAGUCGAAAUUUGAAUGUUCAGGCUCAUAAUUUGGCAAGGCAAGCACUCCAGUUGGAUGAAGAAGUUUCAUGGCUGGAAGAUGGGUUGAAUGAAUGAAAGAAAUAAAGUUAAUUGUGGUGGGUUAGAUGUAGUAAGUUUGUUGAAUAAUCCCCUGCUAUUCAGUAAUUCGAUGUUUCUUAAGUAUAAACUGAAUAGCAAUGUCCUUAUAAUAAAGACCUGGUAAAUUGCUUGUGUAAUGUGAUGAUAUUAGUUGGUGUACAGUGGCUUUAUGCUGAGUAUAGAAUUAAAAUAUCUGUUUGCUACAGAGCUGUUUUUCUUUCGGCCUUAGACGAGGUUAUCCAUAUGGACAGGGAAGGCAGUAGAUAAGAUUUUAAUUUUAAUUGAAAGGUACCUUCAUUGUUUCAGUUGAGCUGAAUAUGUGUUUAUUAAGACUGGUAUUGGCAAGAUACUCAUAUCGUGCACACAGAAUGAGUACUUGAAAGAAUUAAAUCUCACUUUUAAUUGAGAUUUGAUAUUCCUGCAGCAAACAGAGCAUAACAGUGGAAAACAGCAAACAAACCAGCGGUGAGAGUCUAGAAAAAUUCACAAAAUUCAAUUAAUUCCCUUUUACAGGCAAGGAGAAGAAGAUCCUGGUGGCAUCAGUGCUAUAAUUAUGGAUAGUCUGUCAAAAAGCAGCCUAAGGAAAGAUAAGUUCCAGGUUUCUUCUUUUGCGAAAAUCUCUCAGAUAAAUCCCAAAAGAGCUACAAAGGAGAGCUAGCAGCUGAGCAUUUUGGGCUAGAACUGUAAGCAUGCUCCUGUACUGCAUAACGCUGUUGGUCGAGAAGAAAGGUGUUUUCUUAUCAGUCAUUAAAGUUUUAUUAUCUAAAUGUCCCCGGUCAUCUUGCAUGUCCGAUGGUUAGAUGAUAAACUUUCUUGAAUGAAAGGAACUCCUCGGUCACUAUCUGCCGAAUUGCUUGUGAGAUUUAUUCUCAAUUUCAAAAAAAAAAAAAAAAAAAA